GUUUGUAACUUUGCUGCCUCGGUCGCCGCGGUCCCCGGGGAGCGGGCUCCGGCGCUCGCUCCCAUUGGCCGCCGCCGCGUCAGCUGGUGCGAUUUGCUGCUGUCGCUUUUGGCGUUCGGCCAUCCAGAAACAAACCAGUUCGAUGACUACUAAUAGUUAUAGCCAGAUGUACUAAUACACAACAAAUCACAGUCCUGCAGAGGGGCGCGCAAAUGAGUUCCUAUUUUGUGAAUCCUACUUUCCCCGGGAGCCUGCCCAGCGGCCAGGACUCCUUCUUGGGCCAACUGCCCCUCUACCCGGCCGGCUAUGACGCGCUGAGGCCCUUCCCGGCCUCGUACGGGGCGUCGAGCCUCCCGGACAAGACGUACACCUCACCUUGUUUCUACCAACAGUCCAACUCGGUCCUGGCCUGCAACCGGGCAUCCUACGAGUACGGGGCCUCAUGUUUCUAUUCUGAUAAGGACCUCAGUGGCGCCUCGCCCUCGGGAAGUGGCAAGCAAAGGGGCCCCGGGGACUACCUGCACUUUUCUCCCGAGCAGCAGUACAAACCCGACAGCAGCAGUGUGCCGGGCAAAGCCCUCCAUGACGAAGGCACCGACCGGAAGUACACGAGUCCUGUUUACCCCUGGAUGCAGCGGAUGAACUCCUGCGCGGGUGCUGUGUACGGGAGUCACGGGCGCCGAGGCCGCCAGACCUACACGCGCUACCAGACGCUGGAGCUGGAGAAGGAGUUCCACUUCAACCGCUACCUGACACGGCGCCGCCGCAUCGAGAUCGCCAACGCGCUCUGCCUCACCGAGCGCCAGAUCAAGAUCUGGUUCCAGAACCGCCGCAUGAAGUGGAAAAAGGAAAAUAAACUCAUCAAUUCCACACAACCCAGCGGGGAGGACGCUGAGGCAAAAGCGGGCGAGUAGACGCCUGGGCAGG